CUUGUCCGUCACUUUGACUAUAUGUCACCUCAUUUUUGAUCUGAUUAUUGAAAUCUAAGUUCUGCAACGAAUAUCAUAAAAUGUUGAAGAAAACACAUUCAGCUGAAUCCUGGGAAAUGCCUUGGAAUGUCAAAUGGAAGAAAAAUAAUACCUUAGUGGUUCCCCAGAGUGAGAGCGGAAGAAACGUUAAUGAGACUUGUUUUUUACUCUGUUUCAUAUCAGUUCUCUGUUUGAGCUCCAGUAUGAUUUUGAUAUGCCUAUCGAUCUGGUCCUUAGUGAGGAAAUUCCCAUAUUUCUAUUUGGUGGAUAUCAAGACGGACGUCCCAUAUUUCACUCUGCCGGCAGGCAUUCUGGGUAUCCCGACGAGCUACAUAGCUGCUUCGAUUCAUAACAAAAAGAAUAUUUUUCGAUUAUUACUUCUGUUGAUAUUUUUGAUCACACUUUCGACAAUACUGCUCGUAACCGGUGCAAUCCUAGGAUUCAUGUACAGUUUGAAAAUUGAUCUCAGCCCUUCAAUAUUGGUGAACAGUAUAGAAAAUGAACACCUGAACCAAUCAGUCCAUUCUUCUUUUUUGAAAAUAAAUGCCAGCAUUUCCCACAAAAACGCUUGGGAUAAGACCCAGCGGCAAUUAGAAUGUUGUGGAGUCAACAGCUACCUUGAUUGGUCAAAACAUGGUAUGCAGUUACCCAAUUCCUGUUGCAGUAAUGCCGUAUGUACCUCAAACAACACUUUUUUCAAAGGAUGUUUAGAUGCCUUGAGUAGGGACCUUGUGUGGCACAGAAAUAUUUUAAAAUCCCAUGCUUAUAUCACGAUAUUAUUACAGCUGAUAUUGGUUGUACUCACAACACUGGCCUAUAUUUUGAAGAUUAAAAAAUAAGUUCUUUGAUUAUUUGAAACUUUGUUUGAAUUUGAACUGUUUUGACUGUAAUGAAAAGUGACCGAUUAUAAAACACAUUACUUUUUACAUAAA